ACUGAUAUAACUAAACUAUUGUGAUUUGUAGUAAUAGCAACCCCACCUUCAGGAUGAAUGUGAGGGGGGUUCAUGUUAUCCUAACCUCAGUGAGCUCAUGGUGGGCUGCGCCGCCCAGCUCAAUGCUUCUUCAACCUGUGGACUCUACAGAACACAAAACGAUUGCAUCCUGGGAUACCUAGAGAGUUUACAGCCUGCUGGCAUGUUGGUCAAGAUGUCAAAAGACUUUGGGACAACAUGGAAGGUUUUCCGUUACUUUGUGGAGGACCUUGCCAACUCAUUCCCCAGCGUCUCAGAAGGGCCAGCAGACAGUAUCGAUGACUUUAUCUGUGAUAGUUGCUACUCUGGGACAGAGCCAUCCACAGAUGGAGAGGUAGUGUUAAAAGCCAUGAUCCAUACAACCCUACUCUACAAGGUUCACGUCUCAUUUGAAGAUGUUUUGUUUGUUGUUUUAGAAAAAAUACUAAUAAAAAUGUAAAGCCAGGAUGGUGCUUAAAGGCAUGUCCAACAAUUGAAAGGCCUCGAUUUAUAAACAAUGAGCUCAUAGUGGGCUAGACACUUCAUUGUUAAGAAAAUGUACAAUAUUCAAACUUGUCAUAACAUAGUACACUAGUUCUCAUUAGCUUUCAGGACCCAAAUCAUAACUAAUGCACCACUGAUAUUUACA